AUGUUAAGAAGUGAGAGACCCUUUUCUGUGGGUUCAGUGAAGGAGGUAAAGUUGGAUUCACAGAAAUCACCUGAAGAGAAAAUUGUUGUUGAAAAAAAAGACCUAAAGAUAGAAACCGAGCUAGCAAUUAAAAAUUCUCGAUUAGCACCUGCAACAUCUUCAGAACAACAUUCCGAGUUCUUGCAUUAUAUAGCAAGGAAGGAACGUAAAGUUUUAGAAUUACGAGAAGAAUUAAAAAGACAUGAAGAGGAAUUACGGUUAUUAAAGAAACAAUGGGAAACUCAUUUUGCAAAAAACAUUGAUGAAGCAAGUAAUAAUAAUUCACCUUCAUCAGCAUCAUCAGCAUUUUCUUUUGCAAGUAAUUCAGAAGAAGAAGGUAAAGGGUUUAUGGACGGUUUAAGUAAAGGAAUUGCGGGUGUUAUUGGUGGAAUACAGAAAGUCAAAGAUAGUGAAUUAACACAAGAAAAAUUGACACAGAUUAAAACCGUAGUUACAGAUGUUGCCAAUUCGCAAUCAAUUCAACAAACAAGACGUAAAACAGCUGAUAUUACAUCAAGUGCAUGGCUUAGUCUAAGCAAAGGAUUUUCCUCUUUAGCAUCAUCUGAAACAAUUCAGAAUGCUAGGAAAAAAACUUUGGAAACAGUAAACACAAUCAAUGAAGCAUUGGUCUUACCAUCAGUAAAUUAUACUACUACGAAUCCAUCAUCAGAAGAUACAACAACAGCUGCAACAAAAUCUAAAUUAAUUAUUUCUGAAUCGCCAUCAGAAGAAAUCGAAGAUCCCAUAUUACAUGUUAUUGGAGAUGAUAUAAUAUAG